AUGACGAGACCGCGGGGCUCCUCCGCCGCGAGCGAGGAGAGCACCGGCACCGCGCGCGACCAGGAACUAGGGAGCAUGUAUGACUACCUUGCGAAGAUCAUUCUGCUAGGACCAAGCGGGACGGGAAAGUCAUGCAUAUUACACCGCUUCGUGAAGAACGAAUGGAGGGUCCUCUCGUCGCAAACCAUCGGCGUGGAGUUCGCAAGCAAGAUCAUCAAAGUCGGCACCGGGGCACGGCGGAAGCGAAUAAAGCUACAGCUCUGGGAUACAGCUGGCACUGAGCGCUUCCGCUCCGUCUCGCGGAGCUAUUAUCGCGGAGCCGCUGGGGCGAUUCUAGUCUACGACAUUACCUCGCACAAGAGCUUCAACAGCCUACAACCGUUCCUAAACGAUGCACGAGCUCUUGCCUCUCCCAAUCUCACGCUCCUCCUUGUUGGCAACAAGCUCGACCUAGCGAGCGAAUCACUGGUCGACACUACCGUCCCACCACCGACACCGAGCAGCGUCUCCUCCGCGUCGAUUCCAUACUCUAGCUCACAAGGCGCGAGCAGCAGCACUGGGCUUGGCUCGCAGCAGCGCGCAACGAUAGCGCCCGAUGGACGAGAGGUGUCUGCCACAGAGGCAAGCCGGUGGGCGAGCGGUGUGAACGUGCCCGUGACGAUGGAGGUCAGCGCGUUCAACGGGGAGGGCGUGGACGAGAUCUUUGGACGGCUGGCGCGGAUGAUCCUCACCAAGAUCGAGCUGGGAGAGAUCGACCCCGACGACCCCAUGAGCGGAAUCCAGUACGGAGACGCAGGCGGGACCUGGAAUGCAGGGGCGAGCGAUGGUGCCAGCAUCAAGAGCUCGAUGACGGCGGACGAGAUCGGAGUCGGCACGCGGAGGAGAAGACGGGGAAAGCCACGGGGUCAGUGGGGCGGGAUGAGAGAAUGGGAGGAGGUGUUCACGCUGAACAAUAGACGCAGGGGCGGGGGUUGUGAGUGCUAA